UCAAUUCAUUUUUACUCCAACACUCCACAAAAAAACAGGUGUAUGGAGUGUUUUGUAAAUUUAUGAAGAAUAAAAGACAUAUCCCAUUUACAUAACAUUACAUCAUCUGGCAGAUUUAGCUAAAACGUGUCAUAAUGGAUUGGAAGUGGCUAUAGAAGUCACUGUGUCACAAUGGAAUUCUAAACAACAGCAUCCUCUGCCACCAUAUGGCAUUAUUCAUUGUUAAAUUCCUUUAAUAAGCAAGAUCAUAAGUGGCUGACAUGAACCAUGUGAAAAAACAUCAGUACUAUGGAUUAAAGUGAGUCGAUACCAUCAUAAGAACAGGAACCUGAGACACAAGACCCUCAAGAAUAUUCCAGGAUCUCCAAAAAAAGAAAUAUAAAAGGCAAAAAGGAGAAACGCAAAAGGUGAUCAUCGAGGUGCUGGCAGAGGGCCCUUUAGCAGUGGAGUAGACCAUGCCAGACCGUGUAGCCAGGCCGAGAAGAACAAACAGAGACAUGAGGUCCAGAGAUCUGACCUCACACACUCGCAACCAUCGGAGGAGAGGGAGAAGUCAACCGCCCCGUAAGAACACACGUGCAGGAACCAGACAAGAACAUCCUCCUCCACACAUUCCGUCCUUGUUUGACACCUUGUUUUUCGCUGAAGGAGCCCCCAGUCAAUCCCGAGCCCCGUUGAAGACUGAGGAGACUUUACUCUACGAGUAUAACCGACAACGGAACCAACCAACAAUGGCAUCCAGCAGGAAGCGAUGCAGGAGGAGGAGUGGGAAACUUAACAGCAAGAGCAGAAAACUACACUUGGCUGAGUUACAAGCCAUCACUGUACCUCAACAAGUCUCUCAAGGAGAUGAGCUUCUGAAGCACCACCUGUUAAAAAUGCUGGUGACCGACCUGCUGCCCUUUAGCAAGGUAAAAGACGUGGGCUUUCGAGCCUUCUGCAGGGGCCUGAACCCGACCUUUGACCCGCCGUCCUCCGCUCUGUGGGUGCGCACAGAGCUCCAGAGCGUGUAUGAGCAGAUCAAGGUCAAGUUGCGUAACACGCUACAGUCGGUCCCCGAGGUGGCUCUGACCGCUGAGAUGUGGACGCACACCUCGGAGGGCGUCUACUUGACGGUCAGCUGCCACUUCAUCGAUCGCUACUGGAAGCGGCGGAACUACCUGCUGGAGACGGUGGCGCUAGACUCGGACAGGGAAGCGGGCCGCGUGGUCGAGCAGCUUCUGAAGACGUCUAGCGACUGGGGCAUCGCCGAGAAGGUCAAGGUGGUCGUGUCCAACAUGAUGAGCAAAGGGAGCAUGACGGAAAGUUGCGAGGCCAAAGGCUGGGCGCACGUGCGCUGCUUCGUGUGCACUCUGGACAUUGUGUUCCGUGAGGCGCUCGCCCAGCUCGACGAGCCGUCGUGGCGCAUGCCGCAGCUCCUGCGCAAGUGUCGUGCCAUCGUGCGCUUCUUCCAGCAGGACCGCGAUGCCCAGCGGCAGCUCCGUGCCAACCAGGAGAAGCUGAAUCUCAGCCCACUGCGGCUCGUCCAGGCCGCCGCAGAGGACACAUGGCUGGACGUGGGUACUAUGCUCCAGCGGUUGUCCGAGCAGCGAGACGCCAUCAACCUGGUGCUCCUGCAGCACGUCAAGGAGGACCUCUGGCUGAACGAUUGCGAUAUGGAAAAAAUCAAUUCUGUACUAGCCGCUCUGCAGCCCCUCAGGGACACGGCAAAGGAGAUGGUGAGCGACGGGUACGAGUCACUCUCCAACAUCAUCCCGCUCGUCGACAACCUGCAGAAGUCGAUGGCCCGGCUGUCCGAGGAUGGCAAUCAGGUGGCCAAGGCGCUGGCAGACGUCUCCAUGAGGCGCUUCGGCCACGCGGGGGACAACCGCUGGAUGGCCGUGAGCACUGCGAUGGACCCGCGCUUCAAGAACAUCAUGCUCUUUAGCAGCAGGGCGCAGACGAUCGAACAGAAACUCCAAGCGGAGCUGAAAGCGCUGUGCCCGAGUAAAGACGCCAGUCCAUUGGGUUUUGGGACAGACGAAGUGGAUACGAUACUGAAGGAGUACAAGAGCACCAACACGAUGGUCAGAGAUCAGAACCCGCUCGACUUUUGGAGACUCCCCAGGGGACUUAAGAAGCUAAGCCAUGUCGCACAGAGGUAUCUCACAGUCGUGUCGACGGCCGUACCUCUACAGAGGGCCUUCAACCCAGAAAUUUCCAGAAGGGUGCACCACAGCAGGUGUCACCUGGAGCCUGAGAACGUGAACUUGAUGAUGUUCCUGAAUGGCCACUGGUCCAUCGAGAACAGUAACUCACCAGAGUCAGAAUAAAUUUUGUUUUCAUACCUUUUAUAUGUGGAUGACCUCAGUCAAUCUUAUACAAUUCUGUGUUUCUGGUCUUUCUGAUGGGAUAUGUUGUGCCACUUGAAUAUGACUGGUUGAAUGUAGGAUGAAGUUUGAUAUUUAUAAAUAUAUCAGAAUAUAUUUUUGAUAAAAACUACAAUACAAUUGUACAACUUUUAAUGGUGGUUUGUUAAUGACACCGACAUACAUACAGUACCAAACCUGAAUAAACACUACCACCUAAUUAUAUUUGGUAAAUAGAAGGAAAGACUUGCCACUCUCCUAGAUAUUAAAGGGCUUAAAGCAAGGUACUGUUAAAAAUAUUGGUGUCAUAAUUUACCGUGAUUCUAAAUUUAAACAGCCACAUGAAAGUAAUAACUAAA